UAAUAGCAGAAGUAUAAAUUUGGCUCUGGAUUCGAUCUACCAUUUUAUCUAUUUCGAUUUUUGACAACUUAUCACAGAGAUUUUCGGAAAAGAAUUAUUAAAAAAAAAAAAAAGAAACGUAAAGAGAAGGAGAGAAAAAAGAAAAUUGUUUUUAAUGUAAAAAAAAAAAAAGCAAAAUUGUUUUUAAGUUUUAACUUCCAAACAAGGAACGAAAACUUCUCUCUCCCUUUGUUUUUUUUGGGAUCAACACCGACACAGUGGCCAGAAAAAAAAGGCUUUUGGUUAAUUCGAUUCUCUGUCACUGAUCUUCCAUCAAUGGCUUCUUGAGUAGGAACAUUGGCCGAGAGCUAUUGACCGGGAACCUUAUUAGUUAUCAGAUCAUAUGAAGUGUUCACUCUGUUGGCGAGGUUCUCUGGCAGUUGAUUUGCAUUCACUCUUACCAAACAAAUUUCCCAGAGGAUUAAUUGAGGUUAGCUUAAUAUAAUGCAAUUUGAAAUAAGGUGAGUCUGGGGAGACUGAAUUUUGGGACUAAAACUGUUCAUUUGUUAUCACAUUUGACCUGCAAGCUGGGAAACAGAGAGCAAAGACUAUUAUGGCUGAGGGCAAGGAGCUUAUUGAGCUUAAAUUCCGUAUUAAUGAUGGGACAGAUAUAGCGCACAGUACUUACGCAUCAUCGAUGACUGUUGCAACUCUUAAGCAAAAGAUCGUUGCUGAGUGGCCCCAAGACAAAACAGUCACACCAAAGUCAAUAAAUGAUUUGAAACUUAUACAUGCUGGUAAAGUUCUGGAAAACAACAAAACGCUUGCUGAUUCCAUGAUAACAUUUGGUGACCUUCCUGUUGGUGUUAUUACAAUGCACGUGGUAGUGCAGCCUGCUUUAGCAAAAAAGAAGACAGAAAAGAGCAAGGAGGAUAUGCAGAAGCUGAAUUCAUGCGGGUGUGUUAUUCUUUAAUCCAUAAACAUGCUCUGUAGUCGUCAACUUGACACAAGAAAAAUAUCUACUUCUUUACAUAUAUAAUUUUGUUUGUGUUAGUCUGAUUUUGCUUUUGAAAUGGUGUUCAUCUGUAUACUGGCUGCCUCGUUAUUAUGAUUAUUCAGGUUACAUUGUUCCUUC